UUUUGCAUAUGAUCGCCUACCAGCACACGGUACAUAUCUCAUCACCAUUUCAUUGAAUUCACAUCUGUCUCCCACCACGCUGCGGAAGUCAGCCGAGUCUCGGAGGCAAGAAGGUCGCCUCUGGCUGCUGCUGCUGAAAUUAGAAGGAAAAAGAAAACAGAAGGUGAAGACAAACAGGCAUACAGGAAAGAAAUGCUGUGAGUGCACUGAUUUCGGGGAGCGUUCUUACAAACACGAAUACCUCGUCUCCAGCAGCACGGGAGCCCUCCCCAGUCAACCUGCUCUCACUCUCGUACACAAACCCCCUCUGAGAGCGGCGAGGGCAUGGAUAGAUCCGGUCCUUCCCAAGGAGGGAAAACGGUGGCGUUGGCGGAUCGGAACCGAAGAUGGAGAGAAGGUGGCCUCACCUACGCCUACAUCCUUCUCUACAUUGCCUUAUCCAGCGGCCAGAUCUUCUUCAACAAGUGGGUUCUGUCCUCUAAACAGAUCAACUUCCCCUAUCCAGUGGGAUUAACUUUACUGCACAUGCUCUUCUCUUCUGUAUUAUGCUUUGUUCUCACAAAAGUCUUCAAGGUUAUAAAGAUUGAGGGAGGAGUGACUCCAGAAAUAUAUGCCACUUCAGUUGUCCCAAUUGGUGCUAUGUUUGCAAUGACUCUUUGGCUGGGAAAUAGUGCGUAUCUCUACAUAUCUGUUGCAUUUGCACAGAUGUUGAAAGCUACUAUGCCUGUGGCUGUGUUUGUUCUCGGAGCAGCAGCUGGUCUUGAAGCAAUGAGUCGUAGAAUGUUCUUAAUAAUGUCGGUCAUCAGUUUUGGAGUCGUUGUGGCUUCUUAUGGUGAAGUUAGCAUUAGUUGGGUUGGAGUGGUUUACCAGAUGGGCGGUGUUGUUGGUGAAGCUCUGAGGCUCGUCUUUAUGGAAAUUUUUGUUAAAAAAAAGGGUGUUCGACUAAAUUCGAUAUCUAUGAUGUAUUAUGUUAGCCCAUGCAGUGCAGUGUGUCUCUUUGUUCCAUGGAUAUUUUUAGAGAAACCAAAGAUGGAUUCCAGCGGCCCUUGGAACUUCCCACCAGUUAUAUUAUUCCUCAACUGCCUUUGCACUUUUGUGCUCAAUCUGUCAGUUUUCCUUGUCAUCUCUCAUACAAGUGCACUGACAAUUCGUGUUGCUGGAGUUGUCAGGGACUGGGUUGUAGUUCUACUUUCUGCUUUGCUUUUCUCUGAUACAAAGCUGACAUUAAUAAACCUAGUUGGUUAUGGUAUAGCUAUUGUCGGUGUGGCAGCAUACAAUAAUCACAAGCUAAGAAAGGAAGCACAGAGAAUGAGCUUGGAGGUACGUGUUGACAAUAACAAUGUAGAAAAAUCUCCAGAUCAAGAAGUUCAGAUUGCCUUACUACCUCCGAAGGAAGACAAAUAGAAUGAUUCUUACAUGAUUCUGAGGAGAGCAAGUUCUAAUUUGACAAUUAAGCAACCAACUCAUCCUCAACCAUACUUCUGUCAUCAUCAAAUACUUUGCAGUCAAGGCGGGCUUAAUAUCUGCAAAGUUUGAACUACCAUUUCUGUAAGGCGCCGGCGGAGAUUUCGUGGAACAUGAACCCAUGAAAAUAGAAGAUUCAUUGUGAACAGAUCUGAUUGUGGUACUGGAGACAACUGAUGCAUUCAAUUUUCCCGUUUUCAUUUCUCUAGGCUUUCCAUGUAUGUCAAACAUCUGUGAGAGGUCAGGACUUUUGUCCCCAGUAGCUGAUUGCAGUUGUACUUUCACAGCAGAUUUGUGUUAUACCAUUGUUCUGGGAUCAAAAAUAAUAUUUGUAACGUUUACAGAAAGUUUUAUCUGCUGUUGAUUAUUUAUAUCAAUUUUACUUUGUUUUCCUAAA